AUGCAAAGUACAUUUCGGUAUCCGGAUGGAUCUGAAUACACAGGGGAAUGGAAUAAAGACGGGCAACGACACGGACUAGGUCAAAUGAUUUUUCCUGACCAGGCGACCUACCGCGGUCAAUUCGAAGACGGUAUCUUUGCUGGUCUUGGUUGUAUAACGUAUCCCGAUGGAUCGAAAUAUGAUGGUGAAUUUUCACAGGGACGCUACCAUGGCCUAGGUGUAUUUACUCGUUGUGAUGGAAUGAAAUAUGAAGGUCAAUUUCAAGAUGGAUUAAUUUCUGGUUUAGGUCUUUUGACAUUUACAGACGGAUCACAUGGUUUACCAAGAAAUGAAGGCUAUUUUGAAAAUAAUAAACUGGUACGACAUGAGAAAUGUCCGGAUACUGUGCGAAGGGCGAUUACAUGUGCAGAAAAAGCUAAAGCACUCUGA